CAUGCCAUUACUCGUAGUUUUUCUAAGAUGGAUUCUUUCCAGUGCUAAGUAAUUUAUAAGGUCCAAAUGAUGUGUUCAUCUGGUCUUAUGUCUCACCUGUCAUCUCAAGUCUCAACCAUCAAGUUGUUCCAAAUGUCUACCAUUUUCUCCUUUAUUGUUUUGUCGCUGUUCAUAUCACCUUCGACUUCAUUUUCAUCUUCAACAUUACAUGAUAAUUUACAUAAAGGAUUGUCUCUGUUUGUGGAGAAACCAGACCAUGUUUUGGUUUCACCAAAUCGCAUUUUCUUUGCUGGUUUUCACCAAGUUGGCGACAAUGCUUAUUGUUUUGGCAUAUGGUUUAGUGAAUCCCCUUUCUCAAACAACACAGUAGUUUGGAUGGCAAAUCGGGACCAACCCAUUAAUGGAAAGCGAUCAAAGCUAUCUUUACUGAAAAAUGGUAAUCUCAUAUUAACUGAUGUUGAUCAUGUUGUUUGGGCUACCAACACAAUUGCAAAAUCUUCAGAUUCACUGCAGCUUCGAGAUACUGGCAAUCUUGUUCUAGUUACGGCAGAGGGUGUUAUUCUUUGGCAAAGCUAUGACUACCCAACAGAUACCCUUCUUCCACUCCAGAGUUUGACCAGAAAUACAAUGCUGGUCUCAUCUAGAAGCCUGAGCAAUUUUUCUUCAGGUUUCUACAAGUUAGCAUUCAAUGACGAUAAUGUUCUACGUCUUCUUUAUGAUGGUCCAGAUGUCUCAAGUAUCUACUGGCCAGAACAGCAUCAUUUGGGUUACCAACCAGGCAGAACCUUAUACAACAGCAGCAGAAUUGCUUUCCUAGAUUCCUUGGGAGAGUUUACUUCAUCAGAUAAAUUCGAAUUUUUCUCAGCGGAUUAUGGAGAAGGACUUCAACUGCGAUUGACACUUGAUUUUGAUGGCAAUCUUCGCUUGUAUAGCCGAGGAAAUGGUUCCUGGGUUGUGUCAUGGCAAGUCUUUGCUGACACAUGCAUGAUUCACGGAGCUUGUGGACCUAACAGUAUGUGCAGCUUUAAGCUUGGCAUUGGUAGGAAAUGCUCUUGCCUUCCGGGAUUUAGAUUGAGAAGUUACACUGAUUUGUCUCAUGGUUGUGAGCCAGAAUUUAAUUUUUCUUGCGACUCAAAUGAGACUACUUUCCUUCAACUGCCACAUGUUGAAAGUUAUGGAUAUGAUAUUACCUACACGCAAAAUUACACAUUGGAGAGGUGCAAAAGACUUUGUUUAGGAAGAUGUGAUUGCAAAGGUUUUGUUUAUCAAGUUGGUUCGUGUUAUCCCAAGACGCAAUUACAAAAUGGUUACAGUACUCCGUAUUUCGCAGGUGACCUUUAUGUGAAAGUGCCCAAGGACAGUUACUUCUCCAACAACCUUACUGUAAACAGCAUAUCCAGUUUGCGUUGUCCUACUCAAAUUGUUGCGCAAUUGGACAGAAGAUAUGCAAGAAGCCAUCGAAAUUGGCCCUUGGAGUUCUUGCUUUGGUUUUUUGGUCUUAUAGGAGCCAUCGAAAUGUUAAUGAUUUUGGUGUGGCUUUUAUUAAUUAGAAGCUGGCAGAAUAGAGAUGCAUCUGAUCAGGCCUGUCUGCUUGCUGCAACAGGUUUCAGAAGAUUCACAUACAGCGAGCUGAAGAAAGCAACGCGAAAUUUCAGAGAGGAAAUUGGAAGAGGAGGGGGAGGAAUCGUUUACAAAGGCAUAUUGCGUGAUCAUCGAGUUGCAGCAAUUAAGAGACUUAAUAAAAGUAACCAGGGAGAGGCUGAAUUUCUAGCAGAAUUAAGCACCAUUGGGAAGCUUAAUCACAUGAAUUUGAUAGCCAUGUGGGGAUAUUGUGUAGAAGGAAACCGUAGGCUUUUGGUCUACGAAUACAUGGAGCAUGGUUCUUUGGCCAAAACUCUGUCUGCCAAAGAACUUGACUGGAAAAAGAGGUUUGAAAUUGCUGUCGGGACUGCAAAAGGCCUAGCAUAUCUCCAUGAAGAAUGCUUGGAAUGGGUUGUGCACUGCGACGUAAAGCCAGAAAACGUACUCCUCGACUCUGACUACCAGCCAAAGGUAUCAGAUUUUGGCCUCUCCCGUUUGCUAAAUAGAAGUGGCAUUAGGAAUAUAGACUUUUCAAGGAUGAGAGGGACCAGAGGUUACAUGGCUCCAGAUUGGCUAUUUAAUCUGCCUAUCACAGCUAAGGUGGAUGUCUAUAGCUAUGGGAUAGUCGUGUUAGAGAUGGUGACCGGGAAGAGCCCAGCUCUGGGUGACCAUGCUACUUGUAGCAACCAGGCAGGAGAGCAGGAAAGAUUAGUUGAGUGGAUCAAAAAGAAAAAAAGUGGAGUUGCUGCUAAAACAAUUUGGGUUAAAGAGAUCAUAGACCCCACAGUGGGGAGUGGCUAUGACACUAAGAAAUUGGAAACUAUGAUUGAAGUGGCUUUGCAGUGUGUUGAGGAAAACAAAGAUGCAAGACCCACCAUGAGCCAAGUAGUUGAGAUGCUUGUCAGGAAUGAAAAUGAUCAUUAGCAACAAUGGUGAGUGCAACUGUCAAAAGGUCUUUGGAUAACAUAUUAAGCCAUUGAAGUGCUGUAGUACUUUUGCGAAUAUUCUAUAAGAAACUCAGAUGGAUUGAAGGAAGCCACACUAUACUAAAUUCUGUGCAUCUCCUUAUUUAUUUUAAUGAAUUUGCUUGAGUAGCCCAAAUAUAGAGGGACACCCAAAUUAAUUUCGUCGGAUGGCAAUUUCUCCUCAUCUCUCCCCGAAAAUCCUCCUUGACACUGAGAGUACUCAAAUGGAUCAUAGCCUCACGGAAUCUGCCUUCCCACAAGGUUGAGUUGCUCCCAAAUUCAAUUGCCAUUAUAUUGUGUAUUUUCUUAUUUAUCAGAAGCUAGAAGACCAAGACCCUUUUCCAAAUUCUUGUAGUAACUAUUAUCAGAUAUGAAGGGACUUACGGGGUCCAAAGGAACCAUAAUUGUUGAAUUUAGGUUAUUUAUUGGACUUACGUGUGAGCCCCUGAGCACAAAAAGUAGCCAAUUGAUUUUCAUUUACUUCUCCUCAAUUAGCUCCCACUGUAUUCAAGGAAGACAAACUGCAUUUCUUGCUUAUCAAAACUAUAUGAAAACAUAAAAUACAAUACAAGCAGAUAAUUUUUAA